AAUUUCUUUCGUUUCUUUUUUUUUUUUUUUCUUUUUGCCGCCCACGAUUCAAUUCUGUCGGUUGCCUUGAGAAAAAGGGAGAGAGAGAAGAAGUGAGGAAGAAAAAGAGAGAGAGAGAGAGAGAGUCUCAUCUGCUACAGUCAUAACCACGCUCAUCUGACGUCGGCCGAGAGACCUCAAACCGGGUUGUUUCAUGUUUCGCAUUAUAUCGUGCGGACCACCUUAAACCCACUGCACCUCUCUCUACUCUACUUCACUCUACUCAAUACUCUUAAAGAAAGGGCACACACUACUCCCUCUCUCUUUUUCUUGAAGCAACUACUCGUGUAUGCGUGGGCUAUCUACUACUACUGCCACGGCUGUGUCACGUUGUUUGCUUUUCAUCCCGUCCUCAUCCCCGUCCCUCCUCCUCCUCUUCUAUCACGACAGCCAUGUCGGGCCACCAAAAUCCACCGCCAAAGAGGCCAAGGCUGUCUCUCCAGAUCAAGGCCAUCUCAAGCGGGCCCAACCUCCGAGCCUCCAGGACCAUCGCUGCCGUCGUCAACCCGACAUCACCAACCUCCUUCAACACCCUCUCCAAUGUCUACGCCACAGCCAUCGACCGCUCGACGCCCGUGACAGCCAUCAACACCAAGCAGCCACAGCAACAAUCCCUCAGGCUGCAAACACAGAACCUGGCGCCCAAGACUCCCUAUGGAGGGGCCCCUACACCCUUCGUCUCGGCUCCUGAGACUCCUCUCACGGCCCAGCCGAUAUCUCCCGCAGUGGCGAGCCUUCAGGAUGCUGUUGUCUUCCCGAGCACCAUGACAGCCACACCUCCCCUGUCUGCAGGGCCGGUCGAUGGCAGC